AUGGAUGAUGUUCGUGAAUUGCAGAAGAAGAUCAGUGAUUACGAAAGGAAAAUGCUCCACUACAAAACUAAGAUUUUUCGUCUCGAGAAUGAUAUUUUUGACAAGGAUCAAGAGAUCAUAGGUGCAAAAUUCACGCUACUCCAGGCUCUGCCAGAGAUAAACACUCCAGAAAAUAAUACAUUAGCUGACAUAGAAAGAAUCCCGGGACGCAUAGAUCCAAUGAUUUACUAUAAAGCAUGUAAUCCUGGUGAGGAGGAACCAUUGACGAAUGAAAGAGGAAUGCUUGAGUCUGGAAAGCUGUCAAGUGAAUGGGCAUUGAAGAUCACGCGAACCAAGAGGCCAAAUUUUUCGGAACUGAAAGACAAAUAUGGUGAGGAGCUCUACAAUGCUGUCAAGAUUGCAUGGAUUGAGGCACAAGAAAGUAGAAGAACAGGUGUGAAGCUCAAGCCUUGGAACUACGAAGCUGGAAGAGAGCAAACAUUAGCUGAGCUACUCGUUCUAGUUCAAGCGCAGAUCCAAAUUCUUAAGAACCACCACUGA